AUGAUCAUUUUUCUGUCGAUUUUUGCCAUUUCCGUGUACUUUUUCCAUUUGUUUUACUGGAAACGACGAAACCUACCACCAGGCCCAAUUCCCUAUCCAUUUGUUGGAAAUAUGAUGAGUGUUCUGACGAGUGAACCCCCAGGAUAUGAGGCUUUUAUCAAAUGGAAAAAACAAUUCGGCUCUAUUUACACCUAUUGGUUGGGUCCAUUUCCGGCGGUAAUUAUUGCCGAUUAUGAAUUGAUUAAAGAGACAAUAAUCAAAGAUGGCGACAAAUAUACGGAUCGUUUCACUACCGCUUUAACUGCCGAAUAUCGAGGCGGCGAUCUAUACGGUGUGAUCGAGUCAUCUGGAGACAGUUGGAGAGAAAUGAGAAGGUUCACCCUUCACACACUUCGAGAUUUUGGAAUGGGAAAGAAUUUGAUGGAGGAAAAGAUAAUGAAUGAGGUGACGGCUCUUUUGGUUCGACUCGAAGCUCAGAAAGAGCUCUCUCCUCAAUGGGAAAUUGAUGUGGCCGUGGGGUCGAUUAUCAACAAUAUUCUUUUUGGUUAUCGAUUCGAUGAGGAAAAACAAGGAGAGUUCCGUGAGUUGAAGAGCUUGAUGGACGAACACAUGAAAUUGAUCGUCACUUUCAGUGGAGGAUUGGUGAUGACAAGCCCCUGGGCCGGCCGAUUACCCUAUAUAAAAGGAGUGAAGGAGAGGAUGUUCUACAUUCGAGAUCGUUUGUUCACAUUUUUUCGUCAACAAAUCGAGCACAGGAAGAAGACUAUGGAUUAUGAUGAUGAUGAAAGUGCUGAUUUGGUGGAAUGUUUCCUAAAACAACAAAGAAAACACGAAGAAAACGAAAAUGGAGAUCAAGGAUAUUAUAGCAUGAAGCAACUGGAAAACGUUUUAAUGGAUCUCUGGGACGCUGGAAUGGAAACCACAUCAAACACUCUCUCCUGGGGAUUGGUCUAUGUGUUGAAUGAUUUAGAAGUACAGAAAAAGAUUCAUGAUGAAUUGGAUUUCAACAUCAAGUCGGAUCGAUUGAUUACACUAGCUGACAAAAAGCAGCUCCCCUAUUUGAAUGCGACAAUCAAUGAAAUCCAAAGACUAGCCAAUCUUUUGCCUGUGAAUAUCUUUCGAAAAACCACUGAAGAUGUAACGAUAAAUGGUUACAAUUUGCCUAGGGGAACAACAGUGAUCCCACAAAUUUCGACUGUCAUGUACGAUGAAAAGUUAUUUCCAUCACCGCAUUCAUUCAAGCCAGAACGAUUUCUGAAUGAGGAUGGCUCGUUGAGAAAGUCGAAGAAU